AUGGAUUACGUUUUAUUUAUUUUUAUUUUGAUAAUUGGGAUUAUCAUAAAAAAAUUAUGUACUAAAGCUAUUAAUCCAUAUCAAUUUACAAAAGUUCGUCUUUGGGCUGAAGAAGGAAACUAUUUCAAUUUCUGUGGUCAUCCAGUCUUCUAUUAUGAUUCUAUUGUACGUGAUCGGUCAGCUAUGUCGAAACCAGCUUUAUUGUUACUGCAUGGAUAUCCAACAUCAUCUAUAGAUUGGAUAUAUAUGCGAGAUGAAUUAGAAAAAAGGUUUCAUAUAAUAGCACCUGAUUACAUUGGUUAUGGGCUCUCGGCUAAGCCAAUAUUAUUUUCUUACACGAUAUUAUCACAAGUAAAUAUGCUUGAGAAAUUGAUGCGUUCAUUAAAACUAAAUCAAUUCCAUAUCAUGGCUCAUGAUGUAGGCGUUUCAAUGGCUCAAGAAAUUUUAGCGAGACAGAUUGACGAUAGAAAAUAUAUAAUUCAAUCAGUAGUAUUUCUUAAUGGUGGUUUAUUUCCUGAAAGUCAUCGACCAUUUUUUAUCAUGAAAAUGUUGAAAAAAGAUAUUCUUGGAGCAAUCAUUCAAAACAUUGCUCCUCUCUCCGUAUUUGCUUCAGGAAUUAAUCGAGUUUUUGGUCCAUCAACGAAACGUAGUAAACUCGAAUUAGAUGAAAUGACUCAUCUAUUAUUUUACAAUGCUCCAUAUAAUCUAAUACAGAGAUUACAAUGUUAUCUUAAUGAACGAGUUAAACACAGAGAUCGAUGGGUUAAUGCAAUGAAUAAAGUACAAUUAUUUAAAGAAAACCCUAUCUCUAUUAGACUAAUAAAUGGCCCCAUUGAUCCAAUUAGUGGAAAACAUAUGGCUCAUAGAUAUCGACAACUUAUUUUGAAUCCUGAUACUUGUCUGCUAGAUGCCCACAUUGGUCAUUAUCCAAAUUUAGAAGAUCCAGCAAAUACACUGAAAUAUUUUUUUGAUUUUCAUAACUCACUUUAG